AUGGCCACCAAUACCGCUCCCGGGGAUGGAAUCACCGGCGGCUAUACAGGCCAGUCGCUGGGCAUGAAAAUCGCCAUCGCAACUCUCGCCGGCAUUACAUGGUACAACGCCUUCGAACUGGUCAUCCUCAUCUUUGUCACUUUCGCAAACUAUCGCGGUCUCUACUUCUGGAGUUUACUCGUCUCGUCUGCCGUCGGGCUAAUCCCGUAUUCGCUGGGCUUUUUGCUCAAGUUCUUCAAUCUCACCUCCGCCACAUGGUUGCCGGUCACCUUUCUGACCGUGGGUUGGUGGGCAAUGGUGACCGGUCAAUCAUUUGUGCUAUAUUCCCGCUUGCACCUGGUCCUUGCCAACCAGCGCAUCCUCCAGCGCGUGCUGCUCAUGAUCCUCGUCAAUGCGGUCCUCUUGCACAUCCCAACCACCGUCCUGACAUACGGCACGAACCUCACACCGUCGAGUUCAAUCUUGAGCAACUACAAGACCGCUUACAAUGUGAUGGAAAAGAUUCAGAUGACGGGAUUCUGUGUCCAGGAAUUCAUCAUCUCGGGUCUUUAUAUCCGAGAAACCGUGCGCAUGAUUCGCAUCGACAUGGACCAAGGCAAGCGGAAGAUUCAGUACCAGCUACUGGCCAUCAACAUGAUCAUCAUCAUUCUGGAUCUGGGCUUACUGGUCGCCGAGUACCGCAAUUACUAUAUCAUGGAGACCAUGCUCAAGGGUGCGGUCUACAGCAUCAAGCUGAAGCUGGAAUUCGCCGUCCUCGGAAAACUUAUCCAUCUGGUCCACAAUCAUGUCUGGAAACCCGAAUCCUUCUCCCCACGCGAUCUCCCUGAUUUCGUCGAUGCGACCCGUGUCACCACCGACCUGACCCACGCCGCACCAGUCCACUCCCACCCAGUCCGUGCCUGGAUGGACGACGAUAUUUCCAUUGCCAUGUUUGAACACUCACCCCCUGCGGAUCCGCAAAACGGCCACUCAAAGACCUCCAACUCAUGGAGCAGCGACACUCGCAUCAACCCGGGAUAUCCCCAUUCUAUCGACUUCUCCUACCAGUACCAGCGCAAGUCUGGAAAACUGAGCGAAAAGCCAGAGAAGCCCGGGUGA